ACUUCUACCUCUCUCUCUCAAUUUCCACCGUCAUUAUCUCACUGUAUCUUCUGCUCCAACUGCUAGUUGCCCAGCCAUCCAACGACGGACACCGGCGGAAGAGCUUCAGCCACCCAUCGGCACACAGCGUGAUUGAGGCAGCAGCUUCACCAUUAUUUUCCGGCUUCAGGACCCAGCGGCAGCGGUUUUAGCACCCAGGGACCGGAAGGCAUUAAUGUGAUAGGAUCUGAACUCCAAUUUCAAUGGAAGCCACCGGUCAAAGGACAAUUUGCUUUCCUUCACCUGGCCAGAAUCAGAGAACUUUCUCUAGGACAACUAUUUGUACAUCUGGGUUUCGAAGCUAUAUUGAUUUCAGAAAUCCACAACUUCAACUUCGCUUAAGCAAUCAUUCAUUUUCAAAUAGUUGUCUGUCGGAAAAUGGAUUGGCUAAUUCCAAUGCAUUUGGUGUAACGGAAGGCGAGAGUGUUGAAUCCUACAGUUCACUCAAGGAUGAGCUUUUUGUUCGGUUUUUUCGAGAAGCAUGGCCUUAUUUUCAUGCAUUCCGGGGUAGCACUUUUGUUGUGCUCAUAUCUGCUGAGAUUGUUGAUAGCUCUCAUUUGGAUCCUCUUUUGAUGGAUAUUUCUCUCCUUCAUGGCUUGGGAAUUAAAUUUGUUCUUGUGCCAGGAACACAUGUGCAGAUUGAUAGGCUUCUAGCUGAGCGCGGAAGUGAGCCAAAGUAUGUAGGUCGCUACAGAAUCACUGACGAUGAUUCACUUGAGGCUGCAAUAGCAGCUGCCGGAAAAAUUCGUAUGCUGUUAGAAGCAAAAUUGUCACCUGGACCUUCCUUGAGUGGUGUACGCCGACAUGGAGGCAAUAGUCGCUGGCAUCACGGUGUCAGCGUCACCAGCGGUAAUUUUCUAGCAGCUAAGAGAAGGGGAGUUGUGGAUGGAAUUGAUUAUGGGUCAACGGGUGAAGUUAAGAAGAUUGAUGUCUCUCAAAUACGUGAGAGGCUCGACCAAGACUGUAUUGUGUCAAUUAGCAAUGUUGGUUAUUCAAGUUCUGGACAGGUUUUAAAUUGCAAGUAUGCUAUAUAUUUCAAUUCAUUAACUCAUGAUAUUUACCAUGCAUAUGAUGGACGGAUUCUUUGAACAAGUGCCGCUUUCCGUUUGGCCGUCCUCGAAAACUUCUCAUUUGGGUACUUGGAGACAUCUCACCUCCCCCCCCCAAAUCCUUUGCAAAAUAUGGAAAAGUGGGUGUUUUCCCGACCCUGUCCUCGUAUGAGUAGGAGUCUCGUCUCUGUGCAACUCAGAUGGAAAUAACCUAUGAUGAUGAUGAUGUACACCAACACAACAACAACAUUACCCUCGCACUGCGGGGUAAGGAGGGGUCGGAUGUACACAGCCUGACCCCUAUGUUAAAACAUAGAGCGGCUGUUGCCGGUGUUCCAGGUGACCC